UCUUAUAUUAUCUUGAACAGAACAUGAAGAAUUAAAGUAGAGAAACAAGAAUGGAUUCAAGCUCUUCGAUGAUGGUUUAGAAAUAUAUAGCUACAAGAUGUAUUAGAACAAAGAUGAUGAAAUCAAUAGAUACACGUUCGAUGCUGAUCAUAGUACUGAUGGUAAUGUUACUAUUAGUAUCAGGAUCCGAGGGGGAUGCCAGGGUACAAAUCGUCAACAUGUAUUGUGACAAAGGCUUAGAGAACAAUCAAACGCUUUUCAUUCCUAACUUUGUGCGCGCAAUGGAAAUAACUAGCACCCAAAUGCGUACUUCUCAUAAUGUAACAAUAACUGUGGGUACUGGACCCAACAAAAACUAUGCACUUACACAAUGCUAUGGUGAUCUAUCUUCAGAAGAUUGUCUGUUAUGUUAUGCUGCAAUACGUACUUAUAUUCCCGGUUGUUAUCCACAAAGUGGGGGUCGUAUAUAUCUAGACGGUUGCUAUAUGAGACUACAGAACUACAGCUUUUUCGAGGAGUAUAAAGGGCCAAAUGACACUAUUGUUUGUGAGAAUACUACAACGAAGGGCAUCUUGUUUCAAGAGUCAACAAGGGAGGCAGUGGCCAAUGCUGUUACGGAUGCAUUAAGAUAUGAUAACUACUUUUCUAGGCAGGAGGUGGCGGUGGCUGGUACUAAUAAGUCGGUUUAUGUGCUGGCAGAAUGUUGGAAGACUUUGAGUCCAAGCUCUUGUAGGGCGUGUUUGGUGAAUGCAUCUGAAUGGAUAACGAAAUGUUUGCCAUGGUCAGAGGGGCGAGCAUUGAAUACUGGAUGUAUCAUGAGGUAUUCAGAUACCAACUUUCUCAAUCCUGUACCGGUCCAAAGCAGCAGCAGGAGUUCUAACCAUAAAGGGAAGAUAAUAACCAUUACAGUUUCCGUUGUUAGUUCUGUAGUGGUUCUUGCAGUUGCUUUGAUGAUCUUUUUAUACAUCAGUAAACGCAGAUAUAUAAAGCAGAAACGAAAAGGUUCUUUUAACGCUGAAAAACUGGCAAAGAUUCUCACAGACAGUAGCUUAAACUUCAAAUACUCCACUAUAGAGAAAGCAACGGGAAAUUGGGACGAGUCUAAUAAGCUCGGACAAGGAGGAUUUGGAACUGUAUACAAGGGGGUUCUUUCAGAUGGACGAGAAAUAGCCGUGAAGAGGCUCUUCGUCAACAACAAAUUUAGGGCGGCAGAUUUCUACAAUGAAGUAAAUAUGAUUAGCGGUGUUGAACACAAAAACCUGGUUAGACUGUUAGGAUGCAGCUGUUCAGGACCUGAAAGCAUUCUCGUAUAUGAAUACCUACCCAACAUGAGUCUCAACCUCUUCCUUUUUGAUGAAAUAAAAGGCAGGGAACUAAGCUGGGAGAAGAGAUAUGAGAUUAUAAUUGGUGUAGCAGAAGGUCUGGUUUACCUUCAUGAAAAUUCGAAGAGCCGGAUUAUUCACAGAGAUAUUAAAGCUUCUAAUAUCUUGUUAGACUUAAGGCUUCGAGCCAAAAUAGCUGAUUUUGGGUUGGCCCGGUCUUUUCAAGAUGACAAGAGUCACAUUAGCACAGCCAUUGCAGGGACACUUGGGUAUAUGGCUCCAGAGUACCUAGCCCAUGGUCAAUUAACUGAAAAGGUGGAUGUCUAUAGUUUUGGUGUGUUACUGCUAGAGAUGGUCUCAGGAACGGAAAACAACAGAAGUAAAACUAUUGACUAUACCGACAGCUUAGUGUCAACCGCAUGGAAGCAUUUCAAGAGAGGUACAAUUGAGGAAAUAUUCGACCCAAACCUUAUGAUGCAUAGUUAUCCUAACAUCCUUUUAAAGAAAGAUGCCAUAAGAGUGGUACAUAUAGGACUUCUUUGCGUUCAAGAAGCUCCAUCUUUAAGACCAUCCAUGUCAACGGCACUUAAAAUGUUAGCGAAAGAUGAUGAACCCUUACCGGCCCCCUCCAGUCCCCCUUUUACAGACGAGAAAACCAUGGAACUAAACAACAUCACACAAAAGUUACUGCAUUAUUCUGAGGGAGAUGAUGCUAGUUCAAUUGCUACCGUUACCCACAGUGAGUUCUUCCCAAGGUAACAUUGGUUAUUAUCAGAUCAAACAGAGCCAACAAAUAACUAAGACCUCAUAAUUACUAGCCACUUCCUUAAGCAUUUGGGAAGCCAGAAUGUUGAAUGCAUCCUACACGGCUGUAAUCUGGACCCCUAAGCGUAUAAAGAGGUUGGUUAUGUUAUUGUACCGAAAGGCAAGAUCAAACAAAAGGUCACGGGCUCUCGUCCCACUGUGGACAUAUGUGUGAAUAUAUGAUGUUGUGUGUCGAAUUAUUUUUUUUUCCAACAAACAGAGGUACUAAAUGUAUACAAGUUUUCUUCUACCUUAAAGCAGAAUGCUAAAAGAGGUAUUACCAAGUUGAGGAAAUCAACUACCCCCAAGCCUACAAAAUUUGGCCUGGUUGAGAAAGGUCUCCCACAUCUGACAAUGGAUUUUACUCCCCGAGCCGAUGUGCUAUAUUUGAAGAGAAUAUUCAGAUACAUGUGGAACUCAGUGGAAGUACGAUAAACCUGCAAGCAAGCCUAAGCUUCCUCAUUUUGGUUCGGUUUUCUGUCAUGGUUUCGAAGCUUAGGUUAGUUUCGGAUUUGUCAUUGACAAUGUAUAUAUUUUGAUGGUUCAUGUACGUCUUUAUUUGGCAUGAAGUAAUUGCUUUUGAAACAGCGUUUGUUCA